AUCAACACCACGGUUAUCACUUCUUGCAGACACAGACAGCCAGCGACCACAAUGAAACUCGCCAAUCUCGCCCUCACAGCUACCGCCGGUCUGUCCUUGAAGGCUACUCCUGAGACAGUCCAAGGGUUUGAUAUCUCCAACCAUCAAGCUACUGUAGACUUCAAGGCUGCCUAUAAUGAUGGCGCUCGCUUCGUCAUGAUUAAAGCAACCGAGGGCACCACCUACAAGGACAAGGUCUUUAGCUCACAUUAUCAAGGCGCUACUGACGCCGGUAUGAUUCGCGGAGGCUACCACUUCGCGCUUCCCGACUCCUCCUCUGGCGCAGAGCAAGCACAAUGGUUCCUCAAGAACGGUGGUGGCUGGUCCAAGGACGGCAUUACAUUGCCCGGUAUGCUCGAUAUCGAAUACAACCCUUAUGGCGACGACAAAUGCUACGGUAAGGCCGGUGAAGCUAUGGUUGCCUGGAUCAAGGACUUCGUCGAUACGUAUCAGAAGGCCACCGGUGUCUACCCCAUGAUCUACUCCACCGCCGACUGGUGGAAUACCUGCACUGGAAAUGCCAAAGGCUUUGGCAACACCUGCCCUCUCGUACUCGCCGCUUAUCGCGACUCGCCGCCGACAACAAUCCCUGGCGAUUGGGCAACCUACACCAUCUGGCAGAAUUCUGACAGCUAUAAGCAUGGUGGUGACUCGGACAUUUUUAACGGAGGGUAUGAGCAGCUGCAGAAAAUCGCUAACGCUGCUUAAAUAUGGAUCGAUGACUUGUUUUGCAAUUAUGAUAUCUUUUCGUUCGUUUCUCGUGAAUGUAUUUUUCAACUGUCCAGGCGACGGUCGCUAGUUAAACAAUUAACAUACCGU